CGGCGGGGCUGCGCUGGGGCCUGCGAGCUGCUGCGGGGCUGUGCGCUGCUCAAGCUGGGCGGGGCCGUCCGAGCGGAGUCCGUGCGCGCCCGCGCUGAGCUGCCUGCUUCGGCGGCUCCGCUGCUCGUCCGCGGCGACGUCGCCCGCGAGUCUCCAGCAUGAACGAGCUAAGGCUUAGGGCGGUCCGCGAGCCGGACGCACCGCCCGAGGACAAGGUAGCGCCGGAGCCAGAAGCAAAGGUAGACGGAGAGACUGCAUCGGACAGUGAGAGCCGAGCGGAAGCUACCCCCCUCGUAACCUCUGUGGACGAUACCCCAGAGGUCCUCAACAGGGCCCUCUCCAACUUGUCUUCAAGAUGGAAGAACUGGUGGGUGAGAGGCAUCCUGACUUUGGCCAUGAUUGCAUUUUUCUUCGUCAUCAUUUACCUGGGACCAAUGGUUUUAAUGAUCAUUGUGAUGUGUGUUCAGAUAAAGUGUUUCCAUGAGAUUAUUACUAUUGGCUACAAUGUCUACCACUCCUAUGACCUACCCUGGUUCAGGACCCUCAGCUGGUACUUUUUACUGUGUGUAAAUUAUUUCUUCUACGGUGAAACGGUGACAGAUUACUUCUUCACUUUGGUCCAGAGAGAGGAGCCUUUGCGGAUUCUCAGCAAAUACCACCGGUUCAUUUCCUUUACUCUCUACCUAAUAGGAUUCUGCAUGUUUGUAUUGAGUCUGGUCAAGAAGCAUUACCGCCUGCAGUUCUACAUGUUUGGUUGGACCCAUGUAACGUUGCUGAUUGUUGUCACCCAGUCACAUCUUGUUAUCCACAACCUCUUUGAAGGAAUGAUCUGGUUCAUUGUCCCCAUUUCUUGCGUUAUCUGUAAUGACAUCAUGGCCUAUAUGUUUGGCUUCUUCUUUGGUCGGACCCCUCUCAUCAAGCUAUCACCGAAGAAGACCUGGGAAGGCUUCAUUGGGGGCUUCUUUGCUACUGUGCUGUUUGGCCUCCUGCUGUCCUAUGUGAUGUCUGGGUACAGAUGCUUUGUCUGCCCCGUGGAGUACAACAACGACACCAACAGCUUCACUGUGGACUGUGAGCCCUCGGACCUGUUUCGCCUGCAUGAGUAUAACAUUCCUGAGGUGAUCCAGUCGGCCAUUGGCUGGAAAAUCGUCCGGAUGUACCCUUUCCAGAUUCACAGCAUUGCCCUCUCGACCUUUGCCUCACUCAUCGGCCCCUUUGGAGGGUUCUUUGCAAGUGGAUUCAAACGAGCCUUUAAAAUCAAAGACUUUGCCAAUACGAUUCCUGGCCACGGGGGCAUCAUGGAUCGCUUUGACUGCCAGUAUCUGAUGGCCACCUUCGUCAAUGUGUACAUCGCCAGUUUUAUCAGGGGCCCGAACCCAAGCAAGCUGAUUCAGCAGUUCAUGACCUUGCGGCCAGAUCAGCAGCUCCACAUCUUCAACACACUCAAGUCUCACCUGACCGAGAAGGGGAUGCUGACAGAUGCCCUGGAGAACUAGCAGGCGCCACGCAGGGCCAGGAGUCAGAGCAGGCCAGAGCGAGGGGACAGGGCUCCCAGGCAAGCCCCGCUGGUGUGACUUAGACAAUGACAAGGCUUCAACUCACUGUCUUUUUCUUUUUUAACUUUUUGGUAGAGUGUUUUUUAUCUGCAGGUGUUAAGAAAAUUCUGUACAUUCAGUCUAUGUGCUUAUGAUUUGGGGUUACAAGUAAACUACAGCUUUGAGUUGGAAGGAAGUCAUGGGGGUAAAACCAUUUGGGUUUUUUAAACAGAAGUUUUAAAACCCUGGAGGAUGGUGCUGCCCAGCUCAGCAGUGGCUGCUUGGCCCUGGGUCUGGGUCUCCUCAGUGGAACCGGGCUCGAUUAGAGAGUGGCUGUUCACUGGGUCUGACGGGCUCAGGGUCCCCCGCACCUGUCUUCGUACUGCCCCUUUCCCCAGCAGGGAAGGGGUACACGGCUUCAGUGUCUUUGCUGCUGGAGAGCUUUGCCCUGAGCUGCUCUGUAAUCCCGCCUUGGAGCCCCACGGGGUUUGCCUUCUGUCGGCUGCGGGGACAAAGGCUUAUUUAUCAGACAGCAUUCUGUCCACAUAAAAUCCCGGGGAACAUGAGCUCUGCUUUAUGAUAUGGAGUCACCUAACUUCAUCACAGACUGAAAAAUUUUCUUGAGAAAGCUCAAAAAAUUAUUUAUAAUAGUCUGGUAAAACAAACAGACAAAAAAAAACACCACACUGUAAGACUUCAAGUAUAUACAGUAGAAUGUACUGUAACCAAACCCCUUCCCACAUGUUUAGGCUCUGAUGGCUCCUGGAGGGCGGUCCAGCUAACUUUAUCUUCAGGGAUGAUGGUGUUCACGUUUGUGCUAUGGACUGGUUGCUGCUGAAUCCUUUCUGGGGGCUUUCCCACUGGGCAGGGAGCAGAGAGCUUCUUGUUUGUGCCCCUCGCCUGACCACCCACCCAUGUAGCUGCUGUGUUGUAUAUAUAUUACUCCUAAGGCAAAUGUGUAUUGUGUAUGUGUUUUAAAAAUCACUUAUUUCCUAUAGUGAUUUCAACUGUACCAUGACUUCUUCACUGAAACCAUAGAAUCCUGCUUAAAACUUUGGAAAACCCAACCUGAUUAGAGGUUCGACUAUUCUGAAGAUUAAAUGCACACUUUUUAUAUAAUGUGACAAGUUAAAUGUACUUUGUAUUUUACUGGGGGACCUUUCUUUUUUUAAAAAAAACAAAACAGAACUGUGAUUUAUUUUGUUUCCCUUCUUAAUUAUAAGAGUGAAGUUGACUUUGGGAAAGGGGUACAGGAGAGAGAACUUGAUGUCCAAAUGGGUUUAAUUAUUCCAUGCCAUGGUGGUUCUCAUUGCCAAAUGAGGGUGUAAUAGCUUCCUUUAGUACCUGGCCUGGUGGUAGUUUGUUUUGUUUCUGUUUGACUGAGCCUUUCUGCCUCCCCGAAAGCUCACACUCAGCCCAGAUCACUGGAGCGUCCAGCACAGGGCAGACCCCUCGGCAUUUCAGCUCACAGACACCGCAUGACUUUCCACAUGCCUGUAGCAUUGAAGCAGCUUCUUUAUUCUGAACUUUUACUUCCACUUUAGCACAUAGCUCUUCUUUUUCAGGUUCAAGUCCCCCAAAAACAAAAUGUGUUUUUGCACAGGGUUUCAGUCCUGGCUGUGGACCCUGGAUGGGACUGGCACAUCCCUCACUGGGUCCUUGUUUUCUGAGUUGUCUUCUAAUUCCAGUAUUCCGUGAUUCUGGCUGAGCAAGUCAUGUCUCCAGAGGCAGCUAUGGGUAGUGAGUCAUGUCCUGGGCACCCGAAAAGCAAGUGGUGUCGGGCCCUUUCUAAAUGUUUGUCCUUAAGAUGAGGCAGCAUCUCAGCAAUGAAUUAAACAGUGGAGGUGAUUAGUAAUGACUCUAGUUUUCUCACUGAAGAAUGAACUUAUUCUCCUGAACCAGAGACAGAAAGUCUCAUUUGUCUUGUGGUGCCUCAUUGUGGGCCUAUGGUGGGGUCCUUGGGAGCAGGGAGCGGCAGCUGGAGCCCAGCAGCAGAGAGCCCCUCGCAAGGAGGGCUGCGCUUGGAUCAGGGUGCCUGGCACAUUCCCUUGUGGAUGUGGUCGCUGAUAGAGGCGUCUGAGGAUCCUGGGGGGUCUGCGGAAGCUGAAUGUGGUUGCUCGCCGGAGCUACCAGCAAGAAGGCCAGAGAGUCAGCCUGGACUUUAUUUUUUGGGGGGUUUCUCCACAUUCUUUCUGGUGAAAUAAGAGUGUAUCCCAGUGGAGUAUAGUCUAGAGAGCAAUGCUCCCUUGUGUCUUUGUAGCCCAGUGUUUUUCUUUCUCCCAUUUAUAGAUGUUACUUCACCAUUCAGAUAAGAUUCAAGAGACUAUUUUAACAUAUACCUGUGCAGAUCUUAAUGGUGUAACUUAACUUCGUGUCCAUUUUGUGUGUGUGAGAGAGAAAUAAAACGUGAAUGACACUGUGUGCCCUCCCUUGUCAUGGAUUCGGUUUCUCACUUCCAUGUUUGCCUUUCUGUUUCCCACUUGUUUGGUAUUCAUAGCUGUUACGCAGUUCUGAUUUAGAGAUUUUUGUUUUGUUUACAGUUUGAAUCCUAUACAUUCUCACAACAACCUGCCAAGGUGCCACAGGUGAGAGUCAUGAGCACUUUGCCAGUGCGGAAGCUGAGGGGCAGAGUCGGGAGAGAGCUUCUCCAGGGUCAUGUGGUGGAGUUGAGUCUCCGUCUUUCCGUCUGCCCACCAGGACAAGGACUGGAUUGUCCCCAGCCCCACUUGCCUUUGCAAAGGUGGAGUAAGAGCUUCUGAAAUUUUGCACCAUUCCUUCCCUCAAGCUUAGGAGGCCUGACCUGUCUGCCAGGUUGGAGCGUAAGUUGCUGUUUGCUCCUAAGCAGUGAGAUAAAGGAGCUCAUGGACAAGGGCGUUCCAGAAGCCAGGGCCCUUCUGCAGGGAGCUGAGCCUGGCAUCCUCCCUGGUGAUUUCUACUUGUCCCCUCUCACAGGACACCCAUGUCUUUCCCCCUUGUGUGUGCAUGCCACCUCAGCAUGAUGAAAGUACACAUGUUUUCCUCCUGAAUGUAGAACCCUCUAAGGCAGCCUGGGCCUUACUUAUAUUUAUUAUUUUUGGUCUGUUUCUAUUCUGAACAUUUUAGUAGCUGUAGUAUAACUGUAUUUAAAACAUUUACUCUUAGUGCUGUACAGUUCUACAAUGUAUAUUUGAAACUAGUGUCAUUUUCAGAAGGGGCAAAAUGUAACUUUUAACCUUAUACAAGUGGACUUUUGAAACUCCUUUAAUGGUAUUUAUCUUUUUCUACUGGGCUUCUUAGCCUAUAAGUUGACUUAUGUUAUGCAAGUAGAUUCCAAAAAUAUGCUUUAAGGGAGACUAAGCAAACCCUGUGACUUGAGUCUAAGCUAGUUGCUGAGUGGGCUGGAGGCCGAUUUGAAUGGAUCCUGGAGUUUAGCUCUUUCGAGUGUCAACGAGUUCUGGGCAGGUCCGAGAGCACCAUGAGGUGAUGGGUGGGUCGGAGGAGCACGUGAACCACUCCAGGCAAAGAGCGUCCCUGCUCGGAAAACUACGCAGUGGCCUUGUUCCCUGAGCAGCCUGCCCAAGGUCAGUUUUGUAAGGAAGUAGAUUUCCAUUACUCUACCAAACGUGGUCUGUCAUUGCUGAAACUUGUUUCUGCGUCACCAUUGCCCUUUGUUUUUUGUAGUAACUCACAUCUGUGCCCACCUUGUAAUUAUGUGCUGAGAAAAGGGUGGAGUGGGGAGGGGUGAUGUCACUUGUGUUCAGGGUUCCUGUUCUUCCAAAGUCGGGGGGGGGGGAGGAAAGGCUAAGGGGAGGAUCCAGGUGCCUGUCGUGGACACAUCACGAGACAGUAAGCCACGGGUGGGCAGCCCCUGGUGCUGCCUGCAGCAGGGGCUCCGAAGGAGCAGCCGGAACAAACCAUCGCUGAGGCGACGGGAUGGGCUGCGCACAGUGGUUCCGAAGCCAGAGGUUGGGUCCAAACAGCCCUACGUCUGGGCAGGCUACUAAGUGCAACUCUGGCCCAGCUGGGCCUGAUAACAGCACCUCCCUUGUGGGAUUGUGGAGAUUUUAAGAGAGAAUGCUUGUUAAGCAUUUCUCACAGUGCUUGACACAUAGUGGGUGCUCAAUAAGUGGUAGUUAUUUUUGUUGCGCUGAGCUGGUAAUUUGAACCUAAGUCGCUGUGAUGUCAGAGACUGGGUUCUCAGCCACUGGACUGCAAAGAAAGGGGCUGAUUCCUGGGCAGGGCCUCAUUCUGUCCUUGUGUCAGUCAAAACAAACUUCUUUUCCCCUUGUCACUUGCCACACAGUUGCCCAGCUUCCAGUUUUUACAGAAAUGAACAGCUUCCACUUCCUGACUUGCUUUCCUUUAUUUGGAGGGGGUAGGGCUUGUGGCACGACCUAGAGAGAGUGCUGGCGUUUGGACAAAGGGGCGAUGAAAGAGCCUGGUUUAAAGUCUUCAUCUGGGCUCACCUCCUGGUCCUAGGUUCUGCUCAUCCACGUGCCCUACAGAAGGUGGCCCCGUUCUCAGUAACAGCGUCCCCGCGGCCAACCACCUGUAUCAUUUGAAAGCGUCCCCAUCUUUUUGUUGCUCCCAGCACUGCUCCAGUCCCUGCCUCCUUCAGGUUGACCAGCCAAGACGUUGUUUACCUGGGCUCUCAGGUGGGUAGAGGCUGUUGCUCUUACCUGGGGCUGCCUCUUGAUUAAGUUUUUUACCUGUUUGUAUGUGGACCGUGUUUUCACAGGCAGUGUGGGAGGUAUACUUUGGAUGCUAAAAUGUUGGGGUUUUUAGAACAUGUGGAUGAUUUCUGUGAAUAGAGGACAGAAUAUCUGAGAGCCAGGAGUUUAUGGCCAGUGGGUUUUAAGUCCACUUGGCUAUUUAAAAACCCUGUCUCCUUUCCUACCGUCUCCACCAAAUGCCUAACUGCUGAGGCUCUUUUCAUUUUUCUUCUCCAGCCAGUAAGUUACUAGCAGUGUACUUAUUAAUAAUAAUUGCAGCAAUAGUAAUAGUGCUUGAUAUGGGCCAGGCACAUAGGAAGUUGCUGUAGUGCCAGAGACUGGGUUCUCAGCCACUCCACCGCCACCUGCCCUGCACGCAGCCUGGGCGUCCAAGGUCUGGAAAGCGGCCCACUGAGCUGCUGAGAGAAGCAGUCCAGCUUCAACACCCACCUACUUUGCACUUGUUCCAGAAGGUUGGCCUGACAAAAGGAAUGAAGACAAGAGGAUGUUUUGAAACCCCCCACACUUAGCGGCCAUGGUUUGCCUGAAGCCGUCCUCACUUCCUGCUGCUCUUGGUAUAGAUUUUCCAUGGGAAAGGGCCUCGUUCUUGUCUUCUUGCCGGUGGUGCCUCCGCUCUGUGGGUGACGGUGUCUCUGAUUCCCUCAGGACCCCAUUUCCCCCUCUGGCCAAGGGCACACAGCUCAGGAACCUACAGCAGUGCCCUGCAUAAGCGGCCAUGGGCCACGAAGAGUAAGGGAAAGAGAAAGUACCUCCAGAGCAGAUUAUAACACAGGGGAAGGGAGCCUGAAAGCCCUGCCCGCACCCUUGCAGUGUAACAAGUCAGGGCCUUGUGUUUCAUGCUUUCUUAAUAGUAUUUAAGGGUAGAAGCAGGUGACCACUGAGGAUAGAUGACGUGGGUGUGUUGUUGGAUCGCAGGUUAGCAGAGGAUCACGUGCGUGAUUUCAUGAAUGAAGGGAGAACAGGCACUUGAGUGAAAAAUAUUUCAUUUAGUUUUCUGAAGGGAGACAGGGAGUUAGGGAGGGUGUGUGUGUGAGGUGGGGGAUUCUUCCCUUUGAAGGAAUGGUGUUGACAAAGACCCGUGAAAUUCAAGCCAAUGGAGUAAUAAUGUGGAAUUACCGGCUUGACCGAGAAGUGUUCCUGGGAGCUGGCAGAGAAGGAAGACCAGAUCCAGAGGCCCACUGUGUUAACUGGCCUCGCCCCUUCACUUAAUUAAUGAAGCCGCAAUUGUGGCAGGAAUCAGGAGAGCAUGGUUGCAGAGGUGUUCGGGAAGCAGCUGCUGUGACGGGCUGGUCCUGGGCUUGUCCUCUUGUCCUGGACUCCACGUUUGUUGGGCCUGGCACUUCCUCCCUCAUCACUGCAUCUAAAGAACCCAGGCAGCUUCUCGUCUGCAGAGAAAAAAAAAGUCUCCCAGUGGGGGCGAAGGCCCCGACAGUGCCGCUGCGGGGGUUUCCCGGGCGUUGGGCAGGGCCGAGCCCUUUGCAGCCUCUUGAGGGCUUCCCUCUAUGCAGUGCUCAGAGGGUUCAGCGGGGUUGAGGCAUCUGGUGAUUCUGUGCCAAGUGAAACUGUUUGCUGAUAGGAUGGAACACUUACGUCUCACUUCCGUUAGGUUCACAGCCUGGGUUUGCUGGCUUUGUGCCAAGGAACACCAGCCCAGAAAGGGAGUUCGGGGAAUUGUGUAGCUGCUGUGCCCCGUACGUGACUUGUUUCACUAGAUCCAUGUGUUUGUGCCACAGCAGACUCCCCUGUGCACCGUCUGAUCAGUGUUGGACAGUACAUGUAGAUUCUUUUCCACUGCAGUGUCAGAACAUGAUGGACUAUACAUUGGAAAAUAUUUACCGUGUUUAUAUACCUGAAUGUUCCUAUUACACAAAUAAACAUCUAUUAAAUUCUAGAUCCCGUGUGCUUCCUGGUGGGCAGAGUGCUGACGUG